AUGAAGAACUGUGGGAAGCCUACGUAGAUCCAAGGUUUUUCCUUCUUAUAAAUCCAAAAAAAAGUGUUCAGACCUCUGAAAAAAGCAAAAAUCGCUUAUGAUUGUCUGGCUUUUCUCGAAAAUGACGGCGGAGCCAUAGACCGGUACAGGAAAAGCAAGAGAAUCCAAAUAAAAAAGGUCGUUUUUUUUGCGAAAAUCACAAAAAUGAGUAGAGAAAGUUCAGGAUGAGCUGUACCCGGCUCCAAUGGACUGCGAGUCGAUCAGGAAGAGGAUAAUCGGAUCCGGAGAGGUUGAUUAUCGAUUGGACAUGUCCAGAUCGAUAGCGUUCGCCAGAAACGUCUUUCAGGUGGGUUGCUGGUUCGACUCCCAUCCGCGUUUUUGCCGUUUUCAGUCGUACCCCCAACAAGAAGCUUUUCUCGCCUUUUCCUACCAUCCUAAUAACUCCUAUUGCUACGCGAUCGAUCAAAAAGCCGACGAUUUUUUCAAAAAUUCCAUGUUUCAGCUUUCAGACUGUUUGGACAACGUUUUCAUCGUUGAGGAGGUGAGAAAAAGAAAAUCAGGAGAUUGAAAAAAAAAAUGGUUUUGAGCCCUUAAGAAGUCCCUUGAAAAAGAGAAAAGAUAUGCUUAAGAAGCCCCUCAAAAAUAAGCUCUCAAGGAGCCCCUGAAAAAAAGACCCUUUUGUGCCCUUAAGUGACCCCUUGAAAAAAGUUCUUUUUUCAGCCCUCAAGGAACCUCUUACAUUGAAAAUCAUUCAGAACCCUUUUUUAUUUCCCAUAGUUUUCCCUUACUUCGUUGUUGGGAUUCUGAUAUUUUAACUGACCAUAAAGCCCUUAAGAGUCAACUUCAAGGAGCCCCUGAAAAAAAAGACCCUUUUGUGCCCUUAAGUGACCCCUUGAAAAAAGCUCUUUUUCAGCCCUCAAGGAACCUCUUGCAUUGAAAAUCUAUCAAAACCCUUUCUAUAAUUUUCCCUCACUUCGUUGCUGGAAUUCCGAUUUUUAAAGGACCUAAAUCCCUUAAGCGGCAACUCCGAAGGCCGAGUUCUUAAGAGGCCACUUUCUGUUUCCUCAGGUAGCAAGAGAACUAAAAUUUUAAAUUAAAAUUCAUUUGUGUGGUGACUUUUCCCCCAAGUUUUACCUUUAAGAAAUUUGAACCCUUAAGGAUCCUCUUGAAAAAAGACCCUUUUGUGCCCUUAAGUGACCCCUUGAAAAAAGCUCUUUUUCAGCCCUCAAGGAACCUCUUGCAUUGAAAAUCUAUCAAAACCCUUUCUAUAAUUUUCCCUCACUUCGUUGCUGGAAUUCCGAUUUUUAAAGGACCUUAAAUCCCUUAAGAGGCAACUUCGAAGGCCGAUUCCUUAAGAGGCCACUUCCUGUUUCCUCAGAUAGCAAGAGAACUGAAAUUUGAAAAUCAUUUAUGUGGUAACUUUCCCUCCUCUUUUCCCCAAAGUCUUACCGUUUUGAAUGUUCAACCCUUGAGGGACCACUUCAAAAUCGAAAACACUUGAGUGACCACUUUUUCUAGAUGUUCAAUUUCGAUUCGGCUGGACAUUACCAAGACUCGGGGCAUUUUGCUUGCAUGGAACUUUUGAAAACGCAAAAAUGGUCCCAUCUCCUAACUCUUCAGGUAAAUCUCCUCAGUAUUCUCAUCAGAAGUCAAAAAAAUUUCAGAACGACGAUCUGAUUCUGAAGUCACCCAAAGAAUUAUCAGAAAUCAGUGAAAUGUUGGGAAAUGUGUCGGGCGUCAGUGCAGACAGGAUGCCCAAGACGAAGUACGAAUCGAAGAGAAAUUGGUCUCCGGGCAAAAUUUCGUUCUGGAAGAAUGGUAGGUGGCGUCCAAAGGGUCACUAGAUCGACUCCUGAAACUUUUCAGAAACUGGCAAGUCUGAAGAGGAACUCCGACGAAACCUGACCAUUACCAAGAGUCUGAACCAAGUUUUCGUGUCGAGACCUUUCAUUGACGGCAUCUUUGAACUUGUCAACAUGGAGCAGGUCUUGAAGGAGUUUGAUAGGAAAAAAGUUUCCUGGAAAUUCUGAUUUUCGAACUUUUCUAUUGACUUCAGCGCUAUGGGGUGGAUGAAAUGUUGUUUUCCACUUUAUAUACAAAUUCCUGGCUGAACCUUCCCGGCCAAAUGCCUCCCAAACAAAGCCAUCAAUCUUUUGUUCGGUUCUAAAUUAUCGAUUGACAAAACAUCAAGGAAGCUUCUUCCAGAUGGACCCACUGGAAUUACGGGAAAAGGCCGUGUUUUUCGAAAAAGCAUCGUCACGAAAUCUGCGUGAUCGGCGUCGAAUAUCUACCCAUUUUAAUUGGAUCUCAUAUGCUGUUAGGUUCGUGGCACUCGCAGGGUCGCUGGUUCGACUCCACCUCCGGUUUUUUGCCAUUUCCAGCCAACAAAGUCCGAGCGGAAUUCGAUUUCGGUGCCAUCCUCUGCAUGGGCGAGUAUCUCUCAAAAAGUGCCGAUAGGGUCUUGGACUGGGACUUUUUUCAUAAAUUACUUCAGGUAUUUUGUUAGAAAUCAAUUAUUGAUUUUCUUGAAUUUCAGAAUGACUCUCAGAGGAUCUAGGAGUUGGGCCAGGUGAAACGGAAUUUUUUUUUCUCAAAUCGUAAUUUUUUCAGAUCAUUUCCUAAGCAAAUUAAGGCCAACACUUCAUAG